CAUUCUGCACAUGCGCUUCGCGGCUGCGCCUAGGCCUGGCGGAAGCAGGCUCUGCGGGCAGGGCAAGAACACAGGGCGGGCUUUUAAAGGGAUAAUCCUUCCUCCUGCCAGCCUGCUUGCACGGACUGUGAGUAUUCUGCUACAUCCUAACCUCAACCUACAGCUUCAACCAUGGCCAGACCUCCCGUGCACGGUUCGGUGAUUGUCCCAGACUGGCAUGAGACCGUCGAGGGCAAGGAGUACUUAGCCUGCAUCCUGCGCAAGAAUCGCCGGCGGGAAUUUGGGUUGCUUGAACGGCCAGUGCUACCCCCUUCAGUGGCCAUUGAUACUGCCAGCUACAAGAUCUUUGUGUCCGGGAAGAGUGGUGUGGGCAAGACCGCACUGGUGGCGAAGCUGGCCGGCCUGGAAGUGCCUGUAGUGCACCACGAGACCACUGGUAUUCAGACCACUGUGGUGUUUUGGCCAGCCAAGCUAAAGGCCAGUGACCGUGUGGUCAUGUUCCGCUUCGAGUUCUGGGACUGUGGGGAGUCCGCCCUCAAGAAGUUUGAUCACAUGCUGCCGGCUUGCAAGGAGAAUGCAGAUGCCUUCCUGUUCCUCUUUUCUUUCACUGACCGCGCCUCCUUCGAAGACCUUCCUGGGCAGUUGACCCGCGUAGCCAGCGAAGCUCCUGGGGUCGUUAAGAUGGUUAUUGGCUCCAAGUUUGACCAGUACAUGCACACAGACGUGCCAGAGCGAGACCUCACAGCCUUCCGGCAAGCCUGGGAACUGCCCUUGUUACGGGUGAAGAGUGUACCAGGGCGGCGGCUGGCAGAUGGGCGUACACUGGACGGGCGGGCUGGGCUGGCUGACACUGCUCAUGUGCUCAAUGGCCUUGCAGAACAGUUGUGGCACCAGGACCAGGUGGCAGCCGGCCUGCUCCCCAGCUCCCCAGAGAAUGCUCCUGGCUGAAGGGUAAUGGCAUCCCGAGUAGGGACAGAGACUGAUGAUCCCCACUCCCAUAUCUUGAGUGACCCAGGACAGAUGGUGGGACCUAGGGCCCAAGGCUGAUGCAAGAACACAGUCCUCAGGACUGGCUGGGGAGGGCCCUCACCUGGCCCUCAUCUGGACACAAGGCUCCAGAGCCGAAAGGUCUCCCAGUCCCACUGCCCCUCACCCUUCUGCAGCAUCCACCGAGGGUAUGGUGGUGGUGGGAGCACCUCAGAAGGACCCUGGACCUCUCUUGACUUCGACCAGGAGCAUUACUGGUUGAAGUAACACCAUUUGAUCCAACAGAUAAACUCUGAGAUCUCA